UGAAAAGAAAAACGCCACGUCGGACUUUGACUCUAAAACCAAAGCUAUCCCAGGUCGUCAAAGAUCAUCUUCAGAAGCUUAUAUAAAACGCCGAAGAAAAGCCCUCAUUGACAGCAUCAACACGGAACAAAAUCAUAUGAACAUUUUUAAUAUGGAAUCUUCUGAUUACUUUUGUACAACGCUAUGGGACAAAAAAAUUCAACACAUUCGAGAUGCAGUCAAAAAUGGUGACUACGUCACUAUUACUGAAUACCAAGAGGAUUUCAGGACUUUCAAAGAUAGUUAUGGCCUUGCAGCUAGAGGUCCUGCUUCAAGCAUCGUCUGGAAUAGACGCAAAAAAGAAACCGACUCCUGGGAGGAGAAUAUUGUUAGAUUGCUUAGUGCAAGGCCAUUUGACGGAAAAAACAUGGAAUUCAUAUAUAAUAAUAUAAUGAAUUCUACCCUUACACCUAUCGAUCAGUUAGCCGCGGAUUUAGGAUGGGGAUGGGCUGGUAACGGACAGUACAAACGUGCUUCAACUGGUUAUAAGUGGGUAUGCACCAUGAAGUCGGACGGUUUUUGGAAUGAUAGACCACCAUCAUUUAUGCUCUAUGACUUUAAGCAUGGGUUCAAAAACCUCGUACCGUCCGACCCAAUUAUUGAAUACAUCAACCCUCGCCAAAUCAACACGAGGAUUUAUGGACCUUAUCCUGAUGAUUUCACGAUCACCCGGAAAGUUGAUUACAUUGUUACCGAGCAAUUGACGUGGGAAUCGUCAAAGAAAUUCUCCUUUGACCAGGAGAUCUCGGACUCCUAUAAACAAGGGAUUAAGGAAAUGUGGGAAACUUCGAUCGGACUCCGAUUUGGGUUCUCGCAAGAGUUAUUUAAUAAACAUGGGCGGACCAAAACCGUCACUAGGACAGAGUCCAACACAAGUGAAAUCUUUAUUCCCGCAGGGAAAAGGAUCAUGGUAACUAGCAUAGUUAGCGAUCAGUCAAUCACCGUUAACUAUAUUGCCACACUGAUCGUCACUGCGAGUUUAAGGAUAUAUGGGUUCCUUAGGCUCGGCUCAGAAGAAAACUUGGAUGCCAAUUAUCACAGUGAAUUCCGUGGAGAUCGCUCUGAAAAAUAUUGGCACUACGAUUUUGGUGACAUGACUGAAAUAUUUGAUCAAAUGAUACAAAACAGGGCCCCUUGGCUUUGGAAUGAAUGCCUACAUGAUCAUCCCCGGAUCUCUUCUUCCGUGGAGCAACUCAAAGACCCAAAAAAGUAUGAAUUUAUUGUUUCCGGAAAAUUUCAUGGAAUCAAUGGUGUCAGAGUUGAAGAAAAAACCACAGUCUUGAGAUGA